AUGGCACAGGCGGGAGCGAAGAUUGCGCUGAACUACAAUGCCAGCGUCGACGCGGCCACUGAGGCAAUGCUGAUUGCCGGUGAUGUCUCCGAUGAGGGCCAGGCGGAGCAAACGAUAAAAGCAGUUGUCAAAGAGUUUGGCCGCAUCGACAUCCUGGUCAACAACGCGGGAAUUAACCGCGACCGCCUGCUGCUGCGGAUGACACCGGCCGACUUCGAUGAAGUGCUGCAGGUCAACCUGAGAGGCGCGUUUCUCUGCACCAAGUUCGUCAUGCCGCAUCUGAUUAGGCAGCACUACGGUCGAGUGAUCAACAUGUCGUCUGUCGUUGGCCUAAGCGGCAAUCCCGGGCAAGCGAACUACGCUGCGGCCAAGGCUGGUCUUAUCGGGUUCACCAAAGCAGUGGCACGGGAGGUCGCGUCUCGCAAUGUGACGGUAAACGCGGUUGCGCCCGGUUACAUCGCCACCGGGAUGGUUGAAGGCCUGACCGAGGAAAAGCGCAAACAGAUCCUGGAGCGUAUCCCCAUGGGGCGGUUCGGCUCUUCGGAGGACGUGGCUGAGACCAUACUCUUCCUGAGCAGCGGGGGCGCGAGCUACCUGACGGGUCAGGUUCUCACUGUGGAUGGCGGCCUUAUCGCCUGA